CAGUCACGUGAUCUUUGUGUCAUAUUUGUCCCUGGUGGUUAGCGGUUUAGCUGCAGAAACGCUUGCUUCUUUUCUAACUUGUUUUCUUGAAUAAACCGGCGAACAUGGAAAUCGGGACUGAAAUCAGCAAGAAGAUCAGAGCUGCUAUCAAAGGGAAACUCCAGGAGCUCGGUGCAUAUAUUGAUGAAGAGCUCCCUGACUACAUUAUGGUGAUGGUGGCAAACAAGAAGACCCCCCAACAGAUGACUGACGACCUCUCUCUCUUCCUGGGAAACAACACUUUUAAGUUCACAACCUGGCUACACGGUGUCCUGGAGAAAUUAAGAUCUGUUGCAGGAGAGCCUGCGUCCCUCAAACACCAGCUGCAGUCAGACGGUGGCGCCGUGGCCGGGAAGAGUCGAUCGUCCGCCGGUGAAAACGGCCGAGCAGAGGAGUCAAAGGUGUUGACGGUGUCUAGCUCGCGUUCUGACAGGACUGAAGCACGCGUGUCCAGUUCUGCCCAUGAAAGCAGGAAGGGGAGCUUGGAAAAGAGUUCCGCUCGGCACACCUCCACGGUUAAGCCCCUCAUGGAGCCGCUCCCCUCAGAGGCUGUCAUUGACAUCAAGCCGGAGAUGGAUGACGACCUCAUUGCCGAGGACCCCGUAGAAAUCGGUGCCAACCACAGUCGCACACACGGUGCCGCCAGUCGACCAACCGCUGAAAUCUACAGACCCGGCCAGAGCAAGUUUACAUCAGCGAGCUCAGUGGACAUGCAUCGAUCCACAGAAGGAUCCUCCCACAACAGGCAGCAGGACAGCAGAAGCAGCAGGACCUCCAGAACCGCUACCAGCAAGCAGGAAGAGUUUUCACGUAAGCGGAAGGCACCGGUAGCGAGUUCUGUCAUACGAGUUAACCGAGAAGCAGACGAGGACAGCGACGAUGUGGAAGAAGAGGACACAAGUUAUGGCGGCAGAGGCCUGUCCAGCAGAGUGUCGCUCCCCUCCAAACCAGAACGGAAACCUACCCUCCCACCAGCCAAGCAAGCCAACAGAAAUCUGAUCCUGAAGGCCAUCUCUGAGGCGCAGGAUUCCAUCACCAAAACCACAGCUUACCCGACGAUACCACAGAGACAGACUGUUCCUGUGGCGCCUCGUACUCGCCUGGCCAGCAGUGAAGAGAUGACUGCAGCCAUCCAGCUGGUGCAGGAGCACCUCCACAGCCUGGCGCCCAGGAUGCAGGCGUACACCUCCACAGAUCUACCUCCCUCCAGAACACCUGUUCAAGCCAGAUCAUUAGCUUCACGCCUUCAGUUGGAGGGCAGCGACGGAAGAGAGCACAAUGAGUAUGGUGUGGAAGUAACUGCAGGCGGUGAAGCAAAGGCGUUUGACACCCGGUCGUUCAUAAUGAGUCGACUGCAAGCAGAAGAACCUUCAGUCAGAAGUCGUCUUCAGAUCAAAGAUGACGUCAAGCUUGCGUUACCACGGACUGUUCAAACCAGUAAGGAGAGAGGCGACUCCGCCAGCCCCAAGUUCAUCGUGACCUUAGACGGGGUCCCGAGCCCGCUGGGUAAUCUUGCAGAAUGUGACGUGGAGAUGGAUGACGUGAGACCACCCUCGAAGGCCACAGAGGCGUCCGGCCUCAUCCACAGAGAGCCCAAAGUCAGCGUCCUUCAGAGGCUGCAGGGAGCGGUCGCAUCCUCAGAAGACGACGCGAUGGACAUCGAGAUGGCAGAGGAGGACGCCGUCCCUUUGAAGAAACAGAAGGUUCUGGAGCGCUGCAAGUUCUGGCCGGUGUGUAAAAGUGGAGAUGAGUGUGUGUACCAUCACCCAACGACACAGUGCAAGACUUUUCCCAACUGCAAGUUCGGGGAUAAAUGCCUGUUUGUGCAUCCGAACUGUAAAUACGACGCCAGAUGCACCAAACCAGACUGUCCCUUCACUCACGUCAGCCGCAGAGGCCCUGCUGCUCCCCCGCCCAGACCAGCAGCGCAGCCAGUGCAGACCACCAGCGUGUGUCGCUUCUUCCCAGAGUGCAAGAAGAUGGACUGUCCGUUUUAUCAUCCCAAGCCCUGUCGCUUCGCGGCGCAGUGCAAACGAGCGGGAUGCACCUUUUACCAUCCGACCACCGCCGUGCCUCCGAGACACGCCCUGAAGUGGAUAAAAACGCAGAGCAGCUAAUUAAAUCCGGGGAGUCCGAAUCCCGAAGGUCAACACGUGAAGAUGUGAAAGACGUUAUUCCGUCUAUGGAUGCUCAUCAUGAGAUCUAACUCUCGGUUCAUUUGCUUUUAAUGUAUUGUUUUGAGUGAUUUUUAAGGAAAAGCGUUUUGUAAGUCGAAAUGCUGAGUUUUCGCCGCUGCGCUCGAAAUAUUAAAUUCUCUGCGGUUAAGUUUA